CGACUUUCCUCUAUCCCACAAACUCACAGAGAGAAACAAAACAGAGGCCGAGACAUAUAUUUAAUCCAUUCAUAAUCUUCUUCUUAGUUCUUUGUAAGAUUUAAUGGGGAAUCUUUUCUGUUGCGUGCUUGUGAAGCAAUCAGAUGUGGCGAUCAAGGAGAGGUUUGGCAAAUUCCAAAAAGUUCUGAAUCCAGGUCUCCAAUUUGUUCCCUGGGUCAUCGGUGAUUACGUCGCCGGCACACUAACUCUCCGUCUCCAGCAACUCGAUGUUCAAUGUGAAACCAAAACAAAGGACAAUGUGUUUGUGACUGUGGUUGCAUCCAUUCAAUACAGAGUCUUGGUUGACAAGGCAAGUGAUGCUUUUUACAGACUCAGCAAUCCAACCACCCAAAUCAAAGCCUACGUCUUUGAUGUGAUCAGAGCAUGUGUUCCAAAACUGAACUUGGACGAUGUGUUCGAGCAGAAGAAUGAAAUCGCCAAAUCAGUGGAAGAAGAGCUAGACAAAGCCAUGACUGCUUAUGGUUAUGAGAUCCUUCAAACCCUAAUCAUCGACAUCGAGCCUGAUCAACAGGUUAAACGUGCCAUGAACGAAAUCAACGCCGCGGCGAGGAUGAGAGUGGCGGCGAACGAAAAAGCAGAGGCUGAGAAAAUCAUACAGAUAAAGAGAGCAGAAGGUGAAGCCGAGUCGAAGUACCUGUCGGGACUCGGAAUCGCUCGACAGAGGCAAGCGAUCGUGGACGGUCUGAGAGACAGUGUUCUAGGGUUCGCCGGUAACGUGCCAGGGACGUCAGCGAAAGAUGUGUUGGACAUGGUGAUGAUGACUCAGUACUUCGACACAAUGAGAGAUAUCGGAGCAACCUCCAAAUCCUCGGCGGUGUUUAUUCCUCACGGUCCAGGCGCAGUUUCUGACGUGGCAACGCAGAUUCGAAAUGGUUUAUUACAGGCCAACAAUGCCUAGUAGACUUGCUCAAGUCAAAAUUGUCUUCGUCUUCUCUAUUAAUGUUUUAUAUAUUGUUGUCAUAAGUUUUUUAAUGUAACGGUGUGCUGAUUGUGAAUUGUCAUGUUGUACCUAUCUCUUUCGUGACUACAACAAACGCUUUGUAUCUGAUUUGGAUUUUGUAUUUUGUGUCUUUUUCUAUUUUGACCAAAAAAAACUUCCAACU